AAUUUGACGUGGUUCGUGGGGUGCGUUCACGGAGCUUUCGCGAUUUGUUGUGAUUUCGCGUUUUGUUUUGGUUCCAAUCUGGUGAAAUUCCGCGGUGCAUUUCGCAAGUUGUUGUUCCGGAUUUGUGGAUCAUGGAAUCGAAAGAUGACGACUACUGGAACGAUUCCACCAACAAGUCGUUCAACUUUGACGAGGAUGAGGUGGCCAUCCUGGAGGUGCCGAGUGCCUCGACCGCCGCCAACCGGCGCAGCCUGUUCGGUGAGGACACGGCAUCCGAGGUGCACUUUGCCAACACCCAGCAGGAGCUGCCCCUGUCGGUGAUCAUUUCCGACGAAGAUCUCGCGUCCCUGCUGGAGGACCAGUCGCGCUGCGAAGCCCCACUGCCGAAGGGCAUCUCGCUGGAGGAGGAGGUCAAGCUGCUUCGGCGGCGACUGCAAGAGUGCAGCUACGCCCCGUCGGCUGCUUCGGUCGUGGCCAAGCUAGUUUUGGGGAAGAGCUGUUCGCUGGAAAUGUUCCGAUCGCUGGGCGAAAAGGAGGAACUGCUUGACGACGCGGUGGCCAGUGGCAGCGGGAAUGCCAUCCUGAAGGUGGUGCUGUUUCUCGAGCGGACGUUGAAGAAGAAGCUGUUUUACCGGCUGCUGCAGACCCGGCCGGAAGCGGUCAGCCAUUACGUGAACUACAUGGCACUGCGGCUGAAGGUUACCGAGUGUACGGAUUUGCUGGUAUUUCUCGGAAGACAUCACGAAGCCAGUCUACUGCAAUUCUCCAUCUACGUCCGCAGUACGUCCAACGUCGAGUUCAAACGGCAACGGCUGAAAAAGAUCUACAGCGAUUACUUCUCCCAGCCGGGGGCCAACAGCUUCUACGCCCAGCUCGUGGCCAAUUACAUCAACUUACUUGAGUUCCAAGUAUCGGAGCAGCACGCCCCCAACGCCGGCUCCAUCCUGGACCGAUCGGUCCUGGAAACGCUCCACUACGCGUGCGGCCGCUACAAGUGGGGCGACACCGCCGCCGCCACCCUCCAGUCCCCCGCGAGCCCCUUCAAGCUGGCGGAAGCGCACGCCGUUGGUGCGCCCCAGUUCGAGUGGAUCGCGCUGAACGAGCGGGCCCGCGCCAACGCCUGGCUCGACUUUGAGCACAUUUUCGAGCGCAAGGCGUGGCUCAAUCUGAAGCAGCGAAAAUCCUUCACCAUCCACAUCCCGAUCGAUCGGACGAUUCUGCGGCUGGCGGCGCUGAGCGCGCCCGAACCGGUGCUGAACAACUUCCUCGCCAAGGUGGACGAUCCCGCGCGGAGGUUGGGGCUGGCACGGCGCGUUGGCGCCAAGAAAGGCGUCGUGGACGCGCUGGUCGCGCUGAAAGACCGGCCCGAGCUGGAGCUGUUUCGGGACGGGUUGGAGGCGGGAACGGAGGAGCGGUUCUACGCGGAGAAUGCGCUCAAGUCGUUGAACAAUAAGUGGAAAAGUGAUGCAAUCAAGUUGAUUAAAUGAAGUGAUUUAUUGAUGACUAUUUUUCUCUCUGCAAUGUACAGUAUUUAUAUACAGUUAACUUUG